AUGAAUACUCAAUCGCCACCAAAGCGUGUUACACGUGCCCGGGCGGCAGCAAAGACAGAUGAUGCUGGCGUCAAAACGACCAAGAUCGCGACUGCCGCAUCCAAAGCAAAGCUAACUCGGGCUGCCUCUACGACUAAACGCAAGACCCGAGCGGAUGAAGCGCAAGAAGAACAGCAACAAGAACCAGAUGAGGACGAACUCAACAUGAAGCCAAUAAUCGAACCAGAACCAGUACGCGCAACUCGAGGGAGAGCCAAGAAAGUUGUACCAGCGGAAGCUCCAGCACCGGUUGCGCCACAAACUACAAGAGGACGACCAAAGAAGACAAUCGUAGAGGCACCGGUUGCAGAGCAUACAAGGUCAUUAAGAGGUCGGCCAAAGAAGAUUGAAGUGGCUACAGAAUCAUCAGCGCCUGAAGAGCCUCCAAAACGUGCAACUCGUGCCCGAGCAACCACUGUUACAAAACCUCCAAUCCCAAAGAAAACGGUCAAAUUUGAAGAGCCCGACAAAGAGAACAUCGUGCCAGCACCACCAAAUGCCAAAGGUAAGGCAAAGGCGACUGAUGUCGGUACAGGCCUUCGAGCAAAACCCGUUCGAAAACCUGCUGCUACAGUCACAGCUCGCGCAACUAGAGGCCGUGCAAAGUCUACUGUAGAGGAGAAGACACAAAAGCCAUCGCCACUGAGCCCGAAGAAAGCAACGCAAGUUUCUACUUCAAGGGAGCCACUUUCCGAAGAUGAACUCGCCACGAACGAAAAGACUCCAAUGAAGCCUCUCAUGAAGAGCCCUGUUAAACCACCAGGAAGCAUUUUCAACACAGCAAAGAAGCUCGAUUUCACCAAUUCGAUAUCUGUUCACAGAGUGACCACACAAGAACUCGGCGCAUCUGUUAUCGGCAGUCCAGCACGUCGACCACCUCAGUCACCAUUCAAAGCUAAAGAAUCUUUGUUUGGCGCAUCACCUCAAAAGUCCAAUCUGGGAAAUACACUUGGCGCCUCUGCCAUUCGAGGUUCCCCCUUUAAGCUAUCACUUCCACAAGCACCAGCAACGCCAUCAGCUUUCAAAACUUCGUUACUACAAUCUCCAGCACGAAAGCCACAGUCACCCACCAAAGUAGCUGAAAAUGGUUCCCCAAGUAGAUCCCACACCACCAAGAUUUCAGUUACUGCCACUCCCAAAGUCAGCACACUGAAGAUGACGAAAAUCGCGACUCCCAGAACCUUGAACAGAAGCCUGAUGCGAUCUGUCAACACCACCCCCGCCGUACCUGUUAUUGAGGCAGUCCAAGUCAGCGAUCCACUACCGGAAGAGGAGGAUAUUUUGAUGUCCGAAGCUGCUGAACAGAGCAUGAAAUUUUCUGGUCGAUUGUCUUCGAUCGUUCCACGUGAAGCAGAUCCUUCUUCCAUCAUCCCUGACGAGAAUGUCGCAGAAAGCACAGUUGACGAGACAGAACUUGCUUCCGCUCCAGAGCCCAUGGCUAUUGAUGAAGUGGAACUCGUCGAGGAGGAAGUUGUUAUUGGGGAAGAUUUCGCCGCCAAUGGUAAUACUCCGCCAGGCACACCCUCAAGAUACAGCACAGGUACCUUCAAUCUUCCAGAAGGGAACGAUAGUCCAUUUGCAGAUUCCGAUUCUGAAGAUGAGCUAGCCUCGGAAUCUUUCAGAUAUACUGGUGGCCCAUUUGCUGGCUUUAGAAGCUCUUCACAUGAGUUGGACUCAUGUCCAGCUACUCCAACUCCUUUCACGGCUAUUGCAAAGACUCCUAGAACAUCAAAAUCCAUCGUUCUGUCCGAGGAUAAAGCUUCCGAAAAUUUGGGUUUCACACCACUGGCAAGACAGCUGAGUGAUUGGAUGGCUGCAAGUCCUGUCAAAUCAGAUACCUCCAGCGAAGAGCCUUCGCCGGUUGGAGACAGAAGAUCAUCUGUGUAUGCCGCAAUCCAAAUUUCGGCCGAGGCUUCACCUGUGAAGAGCACAUUUUUCGAUGAUGAAAUGUCUGUCCGAGAGGAACCGGACGUCGUAGCUGAGCCAGAAAUCACGGAGAUGGACAUCUUGGAGGAAAACUUCACACCUGUUGAACUAGAUGAGGAGGAUCUCGAUCUUGCAAAUGAAGCUGAUGAGUUGUCGCUCUUGGAGCCAGAUGAGAUUGAGGCAAUUGCAGUUGCCCACGAGGAACAUGCGCCAGCUCAUGAAGCCGAUGAGUCCGCCCCUUCUGAAGCCAGUCAGGAAUAUGGUGAUGAGAACAGUAUGCCAAUCGAUCCGACACUUCUUGCACUCUCAUUGCCACAAAGUACUUCAAUGCCUUCAUUCACAACACCAAAACGUAUCCUUACCGAGAGAGUAUGCCAUACCGUUUCUAAAGUUCCCCUCAAGCCAGCAGCAGAUGACACCCCAAUGCGUCCUUCACCAAAGAAGCGUAGCGCGACUAUCUCGCGCUUACCCGUCCAAAGACCAUCGGGAAAUCUUAAACGUAGCAGCACAGUGAUCUCUUACUCACAGACAGAGAGUACUCCACGUCGAGCAAAGCAGUCCGAGGAUGUUUCUAUGCAAGACGCCUGCUUCACACCUACUAAGGAAGAUGCCGCUUUAUGGUCAAAUCUUGGCACACCCCCUCGUACUCCUCGUCGGGAUGUUAACACUGCUUUGCUUAAGGGUGCAGUUGUAUAUGUCGAUGUUCACACUACUGAAGGAGCUGAUGCUAGUGUGCUUUUCAAUGAACUUCUGGUACAAAUGGGUGCUCGCUGCGUCAAGUCAUGGAACUGGAAUGGGAGUGCUGAGGAUGGAGCCAAAAUUGGAAUCACACAUGUAGUUUUCAAAGAUGGUGGAAAGCGAACUCUUGAGAAAGUCAGAGAGACUGGUGGUGUUGUUUCAUGUGUUGGCGUUGGAUGGGUUCUUGAUUGUGAGCGAGAAAAUAAGUGGCUUGAUGAGGCUCCGUACGCAGUUGAUACAUCUAACGUUCCCCGUGGUGGUCAUCGUCGACGCAAGAGUAUGGAGCCAAAGGCUUUAGCCAACCUCAACGGCACUCUUGUGUCAUCAUCUACCACUCCACGCAAAUCCAACAUGUCACCCACCAAAGAGUUCCUAAACUUGGAAACCCCAUACACAUCCAAGUCCAAGCGCCGCGAAUCGAUCCAAUGGGUCCGCUCUCCCUCAACCUCAUCACCUAACGAUGAUGAACUCGCCAAUCAAACCCUAAUGCUAUCCCCCGUCCCCAACACCCCAGCCUAUGAACCCACCACUUCCUUGUACACGGAAAACGGUUUGUAUGGGGAAGACACACCUACCGGACAAACCCCCUAUUUCUUGCACACGCAAGAACUGGUGCAACAAACUGCUCCACCCGCGAAAGGCAGAUUCUUCGAGGAUGCCCAAGAGGGCGGAAUUGAAGAGGGUAAAGGCUUUUUGAGCCAGAAGAAGGAUGAGAGUGUCAUGAUGCGACUGAUGGCUGCGAGACGGAAGAGUCUGCAGUGGGCGCCCAAGGUGGGGAGUCCGCUUGCUAAGGGGCUUGGGUGGGAUGUUUAG